AUAUUUUGACAUAAAAAAGCAAAAGUAAUAUUUAGGGGAAAAACCAAACAUCCGUGCGAAGUGGGUGAAUGUGUCUGAUGAAAGACAAGACAGUAAGCGAAAAAGAAGCGCUUAUUGUUUUAUUGAAUAAUAAUGGGAAAUCAAAAGCUGAAAUGGACGAAUGAAGAAGAAGACGCUCUUAUCGCUGGAAUCGAAACACAUGGCCCUGGUAAAUGGAAGGCCAUUCUCCUUGAUCCUCAGUUUGGUCCUUUACUCACUUCUCGUUCCAACAUCGACCUCAAGGAUAAAUGGAGGAAUAUGAAUGUGAAUAAUAUUAGUCAAGUUCCUAAGUUUCCCAAGUGCAAACCUGAUUCUCCUGCUCCUGUUUCUUCUUCUGGUGCUGCUGUUGAUCAAACUGUUGCUCUUCCUUCUUCUGAUGUUGUUAACAAUGUUCCUCCUCCUCCUCCUCCUCCUCUUCAAAUUGAACAAGAUGUUGUUAAAAACAACACACCUAGGUAUGAUGUCAUGAUUUACGAAGCUCUGUCUACAUUAAAGGAUACUAAUGGAUCCGACGUAAUUGCCAUUGCUAGUUUCAUUGAGCAAAAACAUCAGGUUCCUCAAAAUUUCAAAAAGUCACUGAAGGCAAGGUUGAGGAUGCUUGUGGGUCAUGGGAAGCUUGAAAAGGAACAAAACUGUUUCAAGAUAAAAGAAGCUUUGUCAGUGAAAAAAUCACCUUCACCAAAACAAAAGGAGGCCAAGCCAUCACCUUCACCAAAACGAAAGAUGGUCAGGCCGAAACGGCAAUCAUCAGACUCUGAUGAUAUGCUGAAGGAAGCAGCUGAAACUGCAGCAUACAUAAUUGCUGAAACUGAAAACAAAUCAUAUCUGGCAACUGAGGCAGUCAAGGAGACGGAAAAAUUCUCACGCAUGGCUGAAGGAAAUGAUGCGAUGUUAUUGCUAGCUGAACAAGUUUAUGAACAAUGUUUGCGAGGCGAAACUAUCAAAUGGGCUUAAGAUGGUCAAUGCAAGAUUGAUAAAUAGAUUCAGUUAGAUUUUGCAUUUGAUAUGUAAAAAUUUGUAGUCCAGUAAAUGGUGUUGACAACUUUUUUGGGGGAUGUUUUUAUCAAAUUCCUUUAGUAGGGAAACUCAUGUAUGACUGAGCUUUUUUUUCUUUUAAGAUAAAUCUUGUUUGGAUAUUGGACCCAAAGUGGAAGCAGUAUAAAAUUUAAGACUUAAUUGUAUUUUUCAAUGUUUUCAUUACCGGAUGGAAAUUGAACCGGUUCGAUCUUCAA